AUGGGCCACCAUGGGUCAUGGCUGCACACUUCCCUCCUCUGGGUGGCUGUGGCUAGCCUGCUCCUCCCCCCAGCCAUGACCCAGCAGCUGACAGGGGCUGGACUGGGUCCCAGCAACUGGAACAAUGCAGGAGUCGCUGGGUCAGCUGAGGCUGGUCACCAUGUCCACGGGCAUGGAGUCCAUCGAGAUGGGAAUCAGGAUGUUUCCAUAGAGGACAAGCAUCAUUUCCACAGCCAAGGAGAUGAGGAUGAAGAUAUCUCUAGUGAAUAUGGGCACCAAAUCCACAGCCACAGGUAUCAAGGCCACGAGGUCAGGGAUGAGAAUAUCUCGGAUGAGGACAUCUUCACAGAACAUGUUCAGCAGGUCCGUGGGGACAGAGGCCAUGAGGAUGCGGAUGAUUCUGCUGAGCAUAGGUACCACGUGCCCAGUCAUCAACGUGAGGAUGAAGAUGAGGUUGCCUUCAGUGAGCACCUCUCUCAGGUUCUCAGGCAUGGUCAUCAUGGAGAAGAAGAUGAUGAUGAAGAAGAUGAUAAUGUCUCCAAUGAAUCUGGACACCAGGCCCACAGGCACCAAGGCCACAGGAAUGAAGAGGAAGAAGAUGCCUCAGAUGAACACCACCACCAAGAUUCUAGUCAUAGGCAUGGAGAGGAUGAUGAUGAUGUCUCCAUGGAUAAUGAGUGCCAGGUCCAUGGACACCAAAGUGAGAGCAAUGAAGAUGAUGAAGAUGUCUCAGAUGAACACCGUCACCUUGUUGCCAGUCAUAAACACCAAGACCACAGAGGAGAAGAAGAUGAUGAUGAUGAGUAUGGGUACCAGGAGCACAGACACCAAGGUCAUAGGAAUGAAAAUGAUGAGGAUAUCUCAGAUGAAGAUCACCCUCAAAUUGCCAUCCAUAAGCACCCAGGCAAUGGAGAAGAUAGUGAUGAGUAUGAACACAUAGCCCAUAGGCACAGAAGUCACAGAAAUGAAGAUGAUGAGGAUGUCUUAGAUGAGCAGUAUCACGUUGCCAGCUACAAGCACCAAGGACACAGAGAUAAGGAAGAUGAGGAUGUGUCCACUGAACACUGGCAUCAGGCUACCAGACAUGAUCCCCAUGGAGAUGAAGAGGAAAAGGGGAUUGAAGUCAAGUUCGGCCACUAUGUUCCAAGCCAUCAAACUCAAGGUCACAAGAAUGAAGAGGAGGAAGACUUCCCAGAUGAGCAUAAAAAAGCAGUCCUUGGUCAUCCCUACCACAUAGUCCCCAGGGAGGAAGAUGAAGCCAUCUCUGCCAAGCUUGAUCAUCAGGCUCCCAGCCACAGCCAACAAGACUAUGGAGAUGAAGGGACUGAUCAUGGCUACAGCAGGUCUAUCAAAGAGGAGCUUAGCCACCAGACCCCAGAACACACAGGGGUCAAGGAUACAAGCCACUUAACAAAGAGAGAUUCUGAAGAGGACGAAGACAAGGAAGAAGACCAUGGCUCCCACAAAGAAGAUGAUGAAGGUUCAGAGCAGGAAGAGGAAGGUGCUCCACAUGGCAGCCUGGAUCAGGAGGAUGAGGAGGAAGGCCAUGGCCUCAGCCUAAGCCAGGAGGAAGAGGAAGAAGAGGCAGUGGAAGCUGAUGAGGAAGAAAGGAGGGAGAAGAAAGCUGAGGUUCAGGCUCCACUGGGCCAAGACGACCAGCAAGAGGAUGAGGAGGGGCUGGAGGAAGAUGAGCUUCCCUUCACCAUCAUUCCCAACCCACUGGCCAGUAGGGAGAUGACUGGAGGUGCUUCCAGUGAAGAGGAGAGUGGUGAGGACACAGGUCCACAAGAUGCCCAGGAGUAUGGGAACUAUCAGCCAGGAUCUCUAUGUGGCUACUGCUCCUUCUGCAAGCGAUGCACUGAGUGUGAGAAAUGUCACUGCGAUGAGGAGAACAUGGAUGAGCACUGUGACCAGUGUCAGCACUGCCAGUUUUGCUACCUCUGCCCUCUGGUCUGCGAAACUGUCUGCACUCCAGGAAGUUACGUGGACUAUUUCUCCUCGUCCUUGUACCAAGCCCUGGCGGACAUGCUGGAAACUCCGGAACACUGA